GUUGAUUAACACUCCACAAUAACGAGUAACAUUAAAGGAACUAAAAGUGAUCAGACUUUUUGGUCGACCGUAACAUACUUUGUUGAAUUUUGUCAAAAAUCAUUACACAAAUGAUAUUAUGGUGUGGGGUCCAAAAACCAAUGACUGUAGAAUGAUAGAUUACUCGUGGAAGUAAUUCAAAGCUCCUCUCUUCUCUUCUCUCUAUAAAACCAACUCUCUCAUCAUCAGAUUUAGAUCACAACUUCAAAAGCGUCAACAUAAAGCUAGGCCAAGAAACCCACUAAAAAGAAAAGAUGGAGAGAGAGAUGGAGAGUUUCCCGAUCAUCAGUCUCGAGAAGCUUAAUGGAGAAGAGAGAGCAAUCACGAUGGAGAAGAUCAAAGACGCUUGUGAAAACUGGGGCUUCUUUGAGUGCGUGAACCAUGGGAUUUCACACGAGCUUUUGGACAAAGUGGAGAAGAUGACGAAGGAACACUACAAGAAGUGCAUGGAAGAAAGAUUCAAGGAAUCGAUCAAGAACAGAGGACUUGACUCUCUUCGCUCUGAAGUCAACGACGUUGACUGGGAAUCCACUUUCUACCUCAAGCACCUUCCCGUCUCUAAUAUCUCCGAUGUCCCUGAUCUCGACGACGAUUACCGGACGUUGAUGAAAGAGUUCGCCGGAAAGAUAGAGAAGUUAUCGGAGGAGCUACUGGAUCUGCUGUGCGAGAAUCUUGGAUUAGAGAAGGGUUAUCUGAAAAAGGUGUUUUACGGGUCGAAAAGCCCCACUUUUGGAACCAAAGUCAGCAAUUAUCCACCUUGUCCUAAACCGGACCUAGUCAAGGGUCUCCGAGCCCACACCGACGCCGGUGGCAUCAUCCUCCUCUUCCAAGACGACAAAGUCAGUGGACUUCAGCUUCUUAAAGACGGCGAGUGGGUCGAUGUUCCUCCCGUUAAGCAUUCGAUCGUCGUUAAUCUCGGUGAUCAACUUGAGGUGAUAACCAAUGGGAAGUACAAGAGUGUGGAACAUAGAGUGCUAUCUCAAACAGACGGAGAAGGAAGAAUGUCGAUCGCAUCAUUCUACAAUCCGGGAAGCGACUCUGUUAUUUUUCCGGCACCGGAGUUGAUCGGAAAAGAACCGGAGAAGGAGGAGAAAGAGAACUAUCCGAGCUUUGUGUUCGAAGAUUACAUGAAACUCUACUCUGCUGUCAAGUUUCAGGCCAAGGAACCAAGGUUUGAAGCCAUGAAAGCUAUGGAGACAACUGUGGCCAACAGUGUUGGACCAUUGGCCACUGCGUGAAUGAAUGUAACUUAUUAAUAAAUAAAUAUAGUCUUUAUAUGAUUUUCUUAUAAACUUGAUUAUUUAAUAUACAAAUAAUUUUGUUUUUGUGGGUUCAUGUGUUGUUGUAUGUUUAACUAAUAAAUGUUUUUAUAUAUAUGAGGGAAUUAAUGUUUUCUA